GCGCCACCAGUUGCUUGGCCGGCUGCAGGACUGGAGGCGCUCCCUCCCACACUGGAAGGGGCGGAUUUUACAUGCUGGGAGUCUUCGGCGGGUCAGUCAUCGUUUUCACAGGAUCACCGUCCCUGCUCCCUCCCCUUGUUUUCGUUCCCAUUCGCAGGUCUAGGGCAAGUACAGCGGAGAGUACUUUGCAAGUGAAGUCCCUUCUCAGUGAAGCCCCCUUCGUCGAGCAAAAGCAUUGCAACUUUGAAGGGAGAAACGCAGUUCAUAGUUUUUAUAGUUGACGUUCAGAACAAAGUUUUCCUAAUCGAGCCCUGCAACGCGCAACAGACACAUUAUUAAUCCUUUUGCGAGAUUUUGGCCAAGUCAUUAUGCAAUGUUGCCCCUCAGUCCAUCAUUUUUACAAAUCAAGUUCGAUGAUUUACAAUUUCAUGAAAAUUGUGGAGGGGGAAGCUUCGGUAGUGUUUACCGAGCUACAUGGCUGUCUCAAAGCAAAGAGGUGGCUGUCAAGAAAUUGCUAAAGAUAGAAAACGAGGCAGAAAUUCUCAGUGUCCUUAGCCACAGAAAUAUCAUUCAGUUCUAUGGAGCUGUCUUGGAGUCACCCAACUAUGCCAUAGUCACUGAAUAUGCUCCUGGAGGUUCAUUAUAUGAUUAUUUGUCCAGCGAUGAAAGUGAAGAAAUUGUCAUGGAUCAAAUUAUGUCCUGGGGGACUGAUAUUGCCAAAGGUUUGCAUUACUUACACAUGGAUGCUCCCAUAAAAGUAAUCCACCGGGACCUCAAAUCACGAAAUGUGGUGCUUGCUGCAGACAACAUUUUAAAGAUAUGUGAUUUUGGUGCAUCAAGGUUUCACUCCCAUACGACACACAUGAGCCUGGUGGGGACCUUCCCAUGGAUGGCACCAGAGGUUAUACAGAGCUUGCCUGUGGCUGAAACCUGUGAUACAUACUCCUAUGGUGUGGUUCUUUGGGAAAUGCUGACACGUGAAAUCCCAUUCAAAGGCCUCGAAGGCCUACAGGUGGCCUGGCUAGUUGUGGAAAAAAAUGAGAGGUUGACCAUUCCAAGGAGCUGUCCUGCCAGUUUUGCAGAAAUACUGCAUCAGUGUUGGGAAACAGAUCCCAGAAAAAGGCCAAAUUUCAAGCAGAUCUUGGGGUCCCUUGAGGUUAUGUCCCAUGACAGCAAACUUCCAGACCAGUGCAACUCCUUCUUGCACAACAAGGCUCAGUGGAGAUGUGAAAUAGAGGCUACUCUGGAACGACUAAAGAAACUUGAACGAGAUCUGAGCACAAAAGAACAAGAGCUGAAGGAACGAGAAAAACGCUUGAAAAUGUGGGAGCAAAACCUGCUGGAACAGUCCAGUGCUCCUUUGCUGCCAUCCUUAGAUAUAUACUCUUGGACUGAGGAGGAUGUGUACUUUUGGAUCAAACAAUUAUUAGAUAAAGGUGACAGAGAUUGUGACAUGAAAGGCUACGCUGAACUGUUCAAAAAUCACCACAUCACGGGCCAAAGGUUACUCUUGCUGACAGAACAGGACAUGAAAGACAUAGGAAUACAAUCCAAAGGACAUAUCAUUCAUUUAAAGACUGAAAUUGAAAAACUGACCCUUGACUACUUGAACCUCUUUCACUUUCCUCCCUUAAUUAAGGGAGAUGAUUCCAAAGAAGAAGAGGAAUUUGGAGAAAAGAUACUGAAUCUUGAUCUGAUUUUUGGUUAUCAUUUAAAGCCAGGGAAAGAAUGUCAGGAUUCCAAAUGGAAAAUGUAUGUAGAAGUGGAUGGUGAUGAUGUUGCAUUGACUUAUAUCAAGGAUAUAACCUUUAACACUAACAGGCAAGACACAGAUGUAAUUAAAAUAACCAAGCCUCCCUAUCUAAUGGAGAAGUGGAUUGUGGGCAUAAAUGAGAACCAGACUGUGGAAUGUAUUGUUACCUAUGAGGCUGAUGUCAAACUUCCCAAAACAUCCAAGCACAACCACAGUAUUGCACAGGAUACUUUGAAUACUGAAGUGAAGGAGGUGGUGCUAGUUAUCCAGACUGUCUCAGCAAAUACAGAAAGCAAGUUUCAGAGCAAGUGUCAGUUAAAUAUUCGUCAACAAUGGUUCAAUGAUUUAAAGUUGCGGAAAAUAUCUACAAGUGACUCUCCACAAUAUUCUGCCGCUUUACCUUCUAGCCACAGCAAUUCCAGCUCUGUUGCAUUACCUCAGUAUUUCCUAUUUGCAAACCAGGAUUCCUAUGCUGCAGCUGUAAGAAGAGUACAGAGCCCCAGCAGAUAUCACAUGGCUGCUCCUUUGGCUCAAUCCAGUCGAAGCUCCAGCCCAUUAUACAGUCGCCUUUCCACUGUACAUCUGAGCUCUGUGGGAAGCAGUGUAUCCAGUACAACGUCGAGCAUCAAUUUGGAAAGAGACCAGAUUAGUGACAGACAGACCAGUGGCUAUCAUAGUAAUGAUUCGAAUGGUAGCUUAUUUAAUAAAACAACCAGUUCUGAAGGAUUAAAUAACAAUAAUAGAAAAGAGGUUAGUCCAGUGUUUGUACUUGGUAGUGGAAUCUGGAACAAGGAAAAGGGACCUGGAAGGGAAAGAACCAAAAGCGCACCUCCCAAAUAUAACACUGGGCAUAUGUCGUCAGAAAAGACUGUUCGUUCUCACCACGCUAUGUCAUGGGGGCCUGACAGAUAUUUGCAAAUGCAAAUCCAACAACGGAUAGCUAUGGACAAGGGUCCAAUCCCUGAAGUAUCAGCUGCUAACACCCCAAAAGAGUUGUGUCAGAAUAGGCAAUGCAAACCUAAUGAAGGUGAGUGGAUUAAAGUUGAACGCCACAAAAAACCCAUAAGAAAUGACAAUUUAAAAGCACCUAAAGGUAAAGGAAGAGGAAGAGGAAGAGGAACACCUCGCAACUGAUUGAGAUGAAGAACUACCAAGUGUCUCUAAAUGUCAACAAAAAAUGCAUUUCUAUUCGGAACUUCAGCUAAUAGAUAUAUCUACUAAUGGAGGGUACAAAAGAUUUGAAUCACGGACAAACCUUUCACUAUAUUAAUUCGUAUGAUGUCUGAAUUCAAUGGUAACUCAAUUAUCUCAGUAAAUUUAUCAGAUGCUAUAUACAUAUAGCUUCGUAUCUAUCCCACCUAAGGUUUCAGAGGAAUAUAAAUCCACUGGUAAUUUUAAAAGAAGCAUAACUGAGAUGGUGAGUGCAGAGACAGUCUGUGUUUUUAAUUCAUCAGACACUGCAAAAGUAAUGACGAUAAUUCACAGAUUAAACGAUUUUUCGUUUCAUCUGUGUAUGUAAGUACUCAGUUAAAAUGACAUUAAAGUAAAUACUGAAUACUGAAUGCUGCUUGACCCACUAAGUUCUCCAGCAGCGGAUGAUGUAUUUGUGUGGAUUCAAUAUCAUGUCAAAGGGUAUAAGGUUGUGUACAUGGGAUACUCUCAUACAUGUGAAUACAAACUGCCCAUACUCCAUGAAUCAGAAUCUGUAUAUAUUAGCCUUGAAAUGAUACAAGAAAAUUUUCCUGUGAAUAGAAAACCUGCAUAUGUUUUAUAUAAUUACAAUUACAGUGCCCUCCAUAAUGUUUGGGACAAAAGACCCAUCAUU